AUGCAACCUCUGCAACGCCGAUUCAUCCACCGUUCCCCCGUGCCUCUCCGCCUGAAGCUCCGCCUACUGCGCCGUAGUGCCAACCGAGCUCACCUAACAAUUCCUAAUGUGAGCUUCACGUUGGAGACUUUCUCCUAUGCCGACUGUGUUGAGAAGUUUCGUUUCACGAAGACGACGCUACGAUCCCUGGCCAACUUUCUCCGAAUCCCUGCUCGAGUCGUCACUGCGUGCUCUGCUGUCGAGGCUCUCUGCAUACUGCUGCGUCGAUUCGCCGUCCCUGACCGGUGGUCUGACCUCAUGUCAAUGUUCGGACGCUCUCGCAGUGGUCUGUGCAACAUCUUCCUCCAUGUGCUCGACCAUAUUCACAACGAGUUCGCCGACAUUAUUUUCUUGGACCGCAUCAGCGCCAAGUUGGCUGACUUUAGUCAAGCAAUUGUUGACAAAGGGGGCGAGGUUGAAAACGAGUGGGCGUUCAUUGACGGAACCGUUCGGGAGUGCUGCCGUCCGGGAGGUGAUGAACGGCAGCGAUGUGUUUUCAAUGGCCACAAGCGUCGCCAUGCUGUCAAGUACCAGACACUGAAGAUGCGCAUUGGAAAAAGUCCGAUAUCCAAGAUGUAUAAAGUCGCUGUGCUUUUGACCAACUGCAUUACGUGUGAUCGAGGACGGAAUACCAAUAGUGUUUACUUUGGCCUGCCUCCUCCUUCACUAGAAGAAUAUUUGCAUGUUAACAUGUAA